UUAUGUCAAAGCUUUUCCCCCCUUUUUUUAAACCAUGUAAACUAUGUUAGUUGCCCUAAAUCCCAAACCUUUAUUGAAUAAUCUGUAAACCAGCCCAGGUUUGUCUAAAGACUGAAUUCUUGAACAUUUCAGGUAAAGGAAAUGGUAAAAAAAAAUUUGCUUUUACCUGAACUUUCCCCAAUAGCCUGCAGUUUUCACCAGUGGAAAAACCCCAUGUUUAGAGGAAGAAUUUUGUCAUCUUUACCUGAAAUAAGGUGGUAGAGAUGCUUUAAAAUCCUCAUUUUUAUUCUUAUUAGAUUCACAGAUAAAAGCUACAUGGUUUCCACACCAUAAAUAUUGGGAUUGUUUUCUGACUGCGUGGAUGCAUUCCUCUGCCUGAUCUUUGUCUGUUUGGACACAUAUUACAUAAAUUACAGCAGCAGAUCUGCUUCUCUUUGUUAAAGUGACAGAUUGUUUCCCUGCAGACUGAUUCUGGGUUUCUAACACAAACCGUCUGUCAGCGGCUAGCAGCUCUUCAACAGGACUUUAUGCAGUAAUCUGUAAUAUUUGGACGAUGUUUGAUUGGAGGUGAAAUAGUUCAGCGUUUCCUGUGAAUCAGCAGCUUUAGUUCUUUAUUUCUGGAUCUUUCUGAGCUCAGCGCUGCGUUCAGGGGGGAUGGGGAUUCAGAUGGAGUAAAACCCGGACAGAAUCCUCCGUCCGUCUUCUCUGCAGUGUAUUUCAGCGCCUGUUACCGGAUCGCUGCGUCUUCCUGCUUCAUUUGUUCCUCAUUGUGUCGAGUCACCACUGACCCGCUGAGGUCCAGUGAGAACCGGGUCGGUUUCCUGGACCUUUGAGCUGCAGGUUGAUGAUCAUCCUGAUGCGACGCUGCAGGAAAACGACUCGGCUGAGUUUCUGCAGUGUUUUGUUGCUCCUCAUCUUCUCUGGUUCUGGUUGGUUGGUUUGACGGUUUUCAGACAGAACCUCUGUGAUCGGGUCGGAGGCGGACGUGGUGCUGCUCUGUUUGGACCUCUGAGGCCCGGUUAGAGGAGGCGAAGCAUCAAUCAGCUGAUCAAACCUCCACCAGCUGCAAAUCUCACAACAAAUCCAGGCAGUAGACGGGUUCUGCUCCAGGUCCGGUUCUGCUCCCCUCCACAGCUCAGACCCGGUCCGGUUCCGCUCCCACCUGUUGGGUCUAGCUCCUCCUCCGUCCUUUCUUCCUCCUCAGAGCCCCGCCCCCUCCUGCCAGGCUGCGUCCUGAUUGGCUGAGGCUUCGGGUUUAGGAGCGGCCCGGCCCGGUCCGUUCCUCAGUCCGACAGAGCGUUGAGGAGGAGCAGCUGAGGUCCGGUUGCUUGGCAACAUGCAACUGAUGGACGGCACCGUGCAGGACGCUCUUCCUCCAAAGCCAAUCAAACUCCAGGCGUCGUCUUCUUCCGGGGUCAGAGGUGACGAUGGCGACUCGCUGCAGGAAGCAGAGUGGUACUGGGGAGACAUAUCCAGGGAGGAGGUGAACGAGAAGCUGAGGGACACGCCGGACGGGACCUUCCUGGUGCGGGACGCCUCCACCAAGAUGCAGGGGGACUACACCCUGACCCUGAGGAAGGGAGGCAACAACAAACUGAUUAAGAUCUACCACAGAGACGGGAAGUUUGGCUUCUCUGAGCCGCUGACCUUCAGCUCCGUGGUGGAGCUCAUCGGCCAUUACCGGCACCAGUCACUGGCCCAGUACAACACCAAGCUGGACGUUCGCCUCACCUACCCGGUGUCCCGCUUCCAGCAGGACCAGCUGGUGAAGGAGGACAACAUUGACGCUGUGGGGAAAAAGCUGCUGGAAUAUCACAGCCAGUAUCAGGAGAAGAGCAAAGAGUACGACCGGAUGUACGAGGAAUUCACCAAGACCUCCCAGGAGAUCCAGAUGAAGCGCACGGCCAUCGAGGCCUUCAACGAGACCAUCAAGAUCUUCGAGGAGCAGUGCCAGACGCAGGAGCGCUGCAGCCAGGACUGCGUGGAGCGCUGCAGCCGCUGCAGCGGCGACAAGGACAUGGAGCGCAUCCUGGUCAACUUCGAGAAGCUCAAGUCCCGCCUGGGGGAGAUCCACGACAGCAAGGUGCGUUUGGAGCAGGACCUGAAGACGCAGGCCACGGAGAACCGUGAGACGGACAAGAAGAUGAACAGCCUGAAGCCCGACCUCAUCCAGCUGCGCAAGAUCCGCGACCAGCACCUGGUCUGGCUGAACCAUAAAGGAGUCCGGCAGAAACGAAUCAACGACUGGCUCGGCAUACAGAACGACGCCGCUGCCGAAGGCGGCGAGGAAGAGGAGAGCCUGCCUCACUACGACGAGAAGAGCUGGUUCGUAGGAGACGUGAGCCGGACGCAGGCGGAGGAGCUGCUGGGCGGGAAGCCAGACGGAGCCUUCCUGAUCCGGGAGAGCAGCAAGAAGGGCUGCUACGCCUGCUCUGUGGUGGCGUCGGGCGCGGUGAAGCACUGCGUCAUCUACAGCACGCCGCGUGGCUUCGGCUUCGCCGAGCCGUACUUCCUGUACGGCAGCCUGAAGGAGCUGGUCCUCCACUACCGCCUCACCUCGCUGGUGCAGCACAACGACGCGCUCAACGUGCGCCUCGCCCACCCCGUCCACGCCCCCGCGCCCCCCCUCUGCAGGUGAACCCAGGGGGCGGGACUAGAUCUAUUUUUACUAGAAGUUCCCGGGCGGCGCUCUACAUCUAGACUGCUUGAUUUGCACAGGAAGUGAAUGUGAAGAGAAGAAACGUUUCAGGUUCAACGCCGACCCGAUCGACUCCGUCUGGAAACAUUGGGGCUGCCGGGCCGCCAUGUUGGGGGCGGGGCCACAGGUCUGGGCUUCAUCAGGUCCACAGGAGGCGUCCUUUCUAAAGCCUGAUCAAAAACGCCCUGCAACAAAAUUAUUAUUCAUUUACUGUAAAUUAAAACCAUUCAGAAAGUUCUUCAGCUGUUUAUUCACUCCGGUUCCGGUUCUGGUUCCGAGCAGCAGCUGGAAGCCGAUUCUUACACUUUACUGUCUUAAUCCACCUGAUUUUAGAUUAAAAGCUGAAUUUAAACAGCAAUUUUUUUGAAAUUUAAAAUGUUUUUGUUUCUGAAUCCUGAGCAGAAACUUUUUGAUCCAACAUGAAGAGAAAUAAAAAAUUUAGAUUAAACAAAACAAUCAGAACCGAAGAAUUUAAUAGACAGAGCUGAAAAUAAAUUCAGCAGCAGAAUGUCGAAUAAACCAGAAAAUGUUUUCAUGAGAUUUAAAACUUUAGAAUGAAACAAUUUUACCUCAUUUAACAAAAUGAGUUUUAUUUCCUUAUUAAAAUAUGCAGAACUUGUUUUAUUGUUCCAACCUUUCUUCUUACACACAAUAUUUGAGUUUAGAUAUAAAUCUAAUUAAAAAUAAUUAGAUUUAUUUCCAAGCUCUGGCAAAUCGUUUCCAUAGAAAUGUACUGACAUCUAGUGGUUAAGUUAAAAACUGCAACACAGAGCAGAAAAUUUUCCCCUAAAGAAAAAACUAAAUUAAUUUUGAGCAUCAAAGUGAAAUUUUUCUAUUUAUGGUUCAAAUAUUUUCUGCAUGUUUAAAGUUCCAUGAAUUAAUUAAAACUAAUUUAACAUUUCAAACUUUAACUGGGCCGCUUGAGCUGAUUGGGCGGCGCCUCCUUCCUGUGGAACUUCUGGCUCUCUGAUUGGCUGAUGACCGGGUCUGCUGGCUCCUCCCCCUGUCUGCAGUGAGUCCACAAAAAGCCACAGGUGUGUGUGUGUGUGUGUGUGUGUGUUUGGACCCGUCUGGAGCUGAAAGCCAUCCGUGGUGAAGCUGUUCCCGUUUGGACCCGGCAGGCGGGUCAGAACCGGGUCGGGCCGCACCGCUCUUCAGAACCACGGCAAAGGAGCUGAACUGUGAAUGUUUAUUUAUUUAAUGCUGAGUGAAGCUGACAGAACUGCGGACCGGACCAGGCAGAACUCCAGCAGCACAAAGUACCGACCCGGUUCUGCUGCACCGUUUCCCUCCGCUCCGGUUCUCUGAACCCGUUUGAAUGUACAGAGACGGGUUCUGAUCCGUGUUCACCCACCACACACUGACUGACCUCUGCAGGUGCCACCGGGUCGGACUGGACCGGGUCGGGUCGGGAGGUCGCCCCCCUCAGGUGUUUUUGAGCCAGCAGCGGGAAAACGAAGCGAAUCAGGGUUUUUUGUUUUUGGGUCCGGCUCCGAUCCGGUCAGUUUGUUGUGACCUCUGACCUCUUCACCGUCUCCAUGGGAACUACUUGAAGUGCUGAAUGUGUUUCUAUGAGAGUUUAUUAAAGUUUUAAGCAGAGUAGUCUGAGUUUCUGGUUUCCCGGAUGGAGCUGCACAUGUCUCCCUGUGAUGUCUGAUCUACAGUUAUAGAUCUAUAUUUACUCCUGGAACAUUUAAACCAAAGAUUUUAGUUCAUCAGAGGAUUUAUUUGCUUUUGCCACUUGGAAAUGAUUUUUUGUUGCAUCAGGAAGAAUCUAAAAUCCUGGUUUGUUUACAUUCCAGAUGUAAAAAGAAAAAAAGUGUUCAGUUUGUGGAUCGCCAUGAAAAUCUGUUCUGUGUCUGGAUUUCAGAAAACGACCAGCGGAUCCAUCUGUUUGCACAAAACGCAGGAAUCCUUUUGGGAAAAUCAUCCUGCAGAAAAACAAGUUUAAAACGUCCAGAAUCUGGUUAUUAAUAAAGCCUGGUGGAAAAAAUGUCAUUUGUUUCAUCAAAAUUCAUGGAAACAAUAAAACCUGAGUCUGUCCAUCUGAUGUUGGAUUCCUUUUAGUUUUUGACGUUUUAUUUUUUAAAACUUGCCCUGUAAUAAAUGCACAGCCUGUAAUUUUCAAGUCCUUAGUAGUUGAAAUAUGACGGAGUUACAGCCAGGCGAACAAAAGUAAUUAAGAGAAAAGAUAUAAUGGUGAGAAGUUGCAAGGUUUUAUGAAUUUAUUCACGUCUCAUUAUGUAAGUAGUUUGACUAUUGCACAUUAUUCACGUAUUAUGACGUUAUUUGCAUAUUAUUAACUUUGUGUAAUACAACUUAAUUUUCACUAUUUAUUCUUGGACUGAUUACUUUCAAACUUUGUCUUAUUUCAUGUUUGCCACACAUUAUAAUUUUAUUCACAGUAUAAUUUUCCAGAAUAUGACGACGUUACGCGAUUCAUUCUGGUAUUUCACAUUUAUUUCAAGCUUGUCGCAUUACUAUGACUUUUACGUAAUAGAAUAAUUUCUCAUAAUAUUGCAAAUUAAUUCAUGUGAUUUAUUCUGGCAUCGACUUUUGUAUAUUUUUUGACCUGGUUAUUAUUCCAUCAUAGAAACAGCUCCAAUAAAUUCAAAAUAAAAGUCGGUUUAUAAACAAAUCAUCUAUUUAAUGAUUUACUGAAAAUUGGUAAAUUGAAGUAAAUUUUAGUUCAGAUCCAGUUUUUACCAUCAGGACUUACAGUUACAGUUUCUGCCGGAUGAUUUCCCGACGUUUCUCUCCAGAUUGCGAUGUUCCUCCGUCAGGGAGGCGGGGUUUCGUGCAUGAGGCUCCGCCCAUCAGGACGACUUUUUCCCUCAUGGCUCUAAAAGCAAACAGGAAGUUCGUGUGUCAAACCAAAACAAUCAGUUUUACCAAGUUUACUUUUCUUCGACUGUUUGGUUGAAGUUUCCACUUUCCGGAAAACUCGACUUUUGUCUGGAACGUGUCGGGGAACCGAAGCGGCCUUUGGGUCGGAUCCGGUCGCCGACGCGUUCCGGCGCUCCACCAUCGCAGGACUGUUACAGCGGCGUUUCCUCUCAGCAGAACUGCAAAGUUUUAUUUGCAGCGACGGUUUGAAGGGGUUUGAUUCUCAGUCGUGUUGCGUUCUUACCACCCGGCGCAGCCGCCGACGACAAAUAUCACAGAUUAAGAGAAAAGCUGAUUUUUAAAACUGUACAUGACGCCCGUCCCGUUCGUCCCCUUUUACAGAUCCAGCAUGCAUCUUUGGUACUUGACUGUUGUUUUAUGUGUAAAAAAAAAAAAAAAAGAAAAUGUUUAAUAGAUGUCUUUGGAAAACAACUAUUUGUCUGUUUUUGGUGUUUUCUGAUCUGAACUGAAUUACGAGCAAAUUGAACUGCAGAGAAAGUCGACGGUUAAAAAUCUGAACUGUUAUUUAUCUGCUGAAGUUUUUUAUUCCUGAACGGCUCUCGGCGUUUUCUCCUGUUUUCGCUCCAGUUUCACUUUGGUUUCUUGUUUCGGUUGCAGAAGUUUGUUGGUUGUAAAUUCUGAAUUGGUUUUAACUUGGGCAGCAGUUCAGCGCCGCCAUCUUGGAUUCUGUUGCAGAAUAAAGAAAGUAUUUUGAUCAAAUGCAAA